AUGAACGAAUCAGUCGAAACGCCCAAUAUGGCUUCAAUGGAUGAUGCGACUCUGCUCAAGCACGCUGAGAACUUUCACAAGACAAAGGCAAAAAGCCGGGAGACACUGAAGACAUACUAUCCCGAGCUGCCGUCUAAGAUUCAGAAAGAACUCGACUCAGAAGAAGCUGGUGAAUUGAGGUCUUUGACCAAGGCUCUGAGAGUAUUGCUAUUCACUUGCGCAAUAGCAGCUAUCGUACAAGGCUGGAGUCAAGAGAGUAUCGUCGGAGCCAAUCUCGAAUGGCCUCAAGAGUUAAAGAUUGCGAACAAGAUUGACAACGAACCAACCGAAUUUAUCGGCAACGGACUUCGAUAUUUUGGCAUCGUCAACGCUAUGCCAUACUUUGCGGCAAGUGUUCUCGGAGCAUGGGUAUCUGAUCCGAUCACUUACGUAUAUGGAAGGCGUACUGCACUAUUCUUUGCCGCUAUAUGCUCUUUCGCGGCUCCGAUUGGGUCUGCUUACUGUAGAACAUGGUCUCAACUACUCGUGUGCCGCCUCAUUCAAGGUGUAGGUAUGGGCGCAAAGGCUUCUGUAGUACCAGUGAUUGAGAGUGAAGUCGCUCCGCCAAAGCUUCGAGGAAGGCUAUUGGUAUCAUGGCAGACUUUUGUAGCGAUAGGCAUAUUUCUCGGUGCCGUGACCAAUCUGAUCUUCGAAGGACAUUGGAGAUGGCAGAUUGGCAUCGGGUUUGUCCCAGCGGUCCCUCUCUUGUGUCUCUGUUAUGUGAUUCCAGAGUCACCUCGUUGGUUGAUGCGAAAACAACAGUAUAGCAAGGCAUACCUUGGGUUUCUGGAGUUGAGAGCAACUCCCUUACAAGCUGCUCGUGAUCUAUUCAUGAUUUAUAUUCAGUCAAGUGUCGAAGCCCUUCUAUCGUCAGGAGAUGAGGUCACGACAGCCAGCCUCUCACGAGAUCUUGAUAAGGACACAAAACCUUAUGAGAAGUCAGAUUGGGGAUCUCAUGAGUUCUUUUACCGAGUACAUGAGUUCUUUUCGAAGAUAUUUGGGCUGUUUCGAGACGGGCGCAACAGGCGUGCUGUUGUAGCAUCUAGUGUGGUUAUGAUUUCACAGUACGUUUUACGCCACCCUGAUUUGGCUUCAGCAGUAUACUGA